ACUCGGCAUCUUUUCCUCCAACAAAUACCUGUCGUUGCCGCUUCUUGUCUUGCUUCUUCCCCUUCAUCACAGGUAUCCCAUUUUUAUAGCGAGAUGCGUGAAGUGCAAACGCGACUGCUUUAAAGCAAGGAUUCAAUAACCUCGAAUGCCAUAUCGGGAGCUUACAUAAGCGAAGCCAUUGAGUACGCGUGAAUACGCGCCCAAGUACGGUACCGCCAUCCUGGCUGCACGAUCGUGUUCCUCUGCUAUCCUCUCCUUGUUUCUUUGAAUCAUACACCCGUAGUGCUCAAACACACAAUCAUUCACAACGCACUUACCGCCUGAGGAUGAAUCAGCCAGGAUCUUCUACCGCCACUGGAACAGCCACCACAGAUGUUACGACGUUAGAUCAAAUAUACCAAGAGAUCCUCACGUCUACAGAUCCUGCUGCUUUGAGAGACAAACUGCAGAGUGCUGCGCGAAAUGAGAAAGAGGUCAUCCUCUCUAGACCUCUGUCAAAUGGCCAAGAUCCAUUAGCGAUAUUGGAUCCUGAGACUCAUACCUUGGGCUGUCUCUAUAUCUUAUGUGCGAGACUUGCGCCGAACGCUACAUAUCCGCCAUCGUUGGUAGUUAUUGAAGAAUUCUGCAAACGAUUCACUCCUGAGCAUGCUCGUCUGGCUCCCGACCGCAUGACCGCUUUGGCGAAGGGUAUCACGCGAGUAGCACUUUCGUCGAACAACCUGAAAUAUGCCCUAUCCCCUCUGUAUUAUCUCGUCACGCGGUAUCCUCCAAAUCUCUCAAUCCUCACCACAUUACACUCUCACUACCUCACCACCUGCGUUACUCUCAGACACUUUACUGCCGCUCUCCCCAUCUUAUCAGUUCCAAUCACGAACGUGGACUUGAGGAUAUCCGAUCUGACGUACAACGACAACUUGGUGUAUCACUAUGCCGGCGGUGUUGCUUUGGCGGCACUGAAACGAUGGCAUGAGGCUGAAGAGUUCUUUGAGAUUUGUGCUACUGCGCCUGGGACGGCCCCGGCAGCAAUACAGUAUGAGGCAUUGAAGAAGUUGACGCUUGUUCAGCUGAUUUUGUAUGGCAAGACGAAACAGACUCCAAAAUAUACCCAUGCAAUAUUGACUCGACUGUUGAAGAGCUCUCCGUAUGGAAAUCUUGCCCGAGCAUACCCACUACCUACCGACCAGCUAACCAAACAAAUUCAAAAGGAUGCCGAGGUUUUCAACACUGAAAAGAAUUGGGGCCUUGUACAACAAGUCAUCGACCAUGCACCUCGAUGGCUGAUUCACAAACUCACAUCCACAUAUCUCACGCUCGGCUUGGCCGAUAUUGCCAGGGAGAUCGGGAGUGCAAGUCAAGAUGAAGUUCGUGCCACGAUCGUCAGUAUGAUCGAAACAGGAGAUAUCAAUGCGAGUAUCUCCGUUGACGGGACAGUCACGUUCUCGGACCCAGUCUUCAACGUCACGAAGAGUGAUAUUGAUAGUGCGCUUCAUCAUGCACAAGCUCAAAGUCGUCUACUGCUUGACUUGGAGAGAACCCUCACGUCGAGUAAAGAGUACCUGGCCAAGGCACUGAAGCAUAAAGACAAUGACGGAUGGGGACCCGACGAUGACAAUGAUGGUCUGGGCGGUCCUCCAUCGUCGUUUGCCUGGGGGGAUUAUCUCUAAGUUCAUAAGGUGGCAUCUACACAUUCCGAGUCGUCAUUCAUUGUAUUGCUAUCAUUGUUGUAUUCAAGUGGUCAGGCUUUCAAGUCUAACCACGUCACAUUAUCAUCCCUGCUAGACGCUUCUUUGUUCUUAUUGUCAUCACCCACGGAACUACAUGCAAGUUGCUUGAAGGAAUCCA